UAUUUAAAGCGGCGCCCGCGGGCCCAGCUAACGGGGCAGGCGUUAUGGCGGACGAGGCCAUGGAUAGUUACCUGUACUCAGCCUACACCCCCUACUCCUACCGCUACCAGCCGCCAAAGGGCAAAGGGCCCCCGGGCGCCUGGCGGCAGCGGGGCACCUACUUCUCGGGCUAUGGGGACACGGCGGCGGCGGCCGCGGCCGAGUACUUCGAUAACUACCAGCGGGCGCAGCUGAAGGCGAUCCUGUCCCAGGUGAACCCCAGCCUGACGCCGCGGCUCCGCAAGGCCAACACCAAGGAGGUGGGGGUGCAGGUGAACCCGCGGCAGGACGCCUCGGUGCAGUGCUCGCUGGGGCCCCGCACCCUGCUGCGGCGGCGGCCGGGCCCCGGGCUGCCCUCGCUGCGGCCCCGCGAGCAGGAGCAGGGCAGCCCCGCCACCGCCACCACCAGGCCCGUGCGCUUCCCCCGGACUAUCGCCGUCUACUCGCCCAUGGCGUCCCGCAGACUCACCACCUUCCUGGAGGAGCCCGAGGACGCGGGGCAGGAGGCAGCCGAGGAGGAGCCGGAGGAGGCGGCCGCCGAGGAAGAGGAGCAGCAGCGCACUGAGGCGGCCGCCGUGCGGGCCAGCUGGGAGCAGCCGCCCGGGAGCAGCGCGGAGCCGCAGGAGCCGCGGCUGCCCCAGCAGCAGGAGGCGGCAGAGGAGUUGGAGGAGGAGGCGGUAGCUGCCCCGCUGCAGGAAGGCCCGGUGGAGACCCCCGAGCGCCAGGCGGGGCAGCCUCAGGCCGCAGCCCCGCAGGAGCAGGAGCCGGGGCAGGGCAAGACCCGCCUGCGCUUCCAGUUUCUGGAGCAGAAGUAUGGCUACUACCACUGCAAGGACUGCAACAUCCGUUGGGAGAGUGCCUAUGUGUGGUGUGUGCAGGGCACCAACAAGGUCUACUUCAGGCAGUUCUGCCGGACAUGUCAGAAAUCCUACAACCCCUACCGUGUGGAGGACAUCACCUGCCAGGUAGAAAGCUAGUGCUCUGCAAACAUCUAGUGUGUGAAGUGAUGCCUCCCUGAGGUCAGCAUGCGGUUUUGGGAAAAAAUGCAGGUAAGUAUAUGGGUUGAUUUAGGUGAAAUGGGGAGGCCACCUUGGGUAUAAAUUUUGGGAUGCGACUAUAAGAUCACUUUAUCUUUGAAAAAUGUGCCAUUAGGGCACCUAAUUCCCUGACCCAUCUUGCUGACAUGAUGGCAAUGAGGAAGGCCACCUUCAUGGUAAGUGUAACAGAGAACAAGUUGCUAGGAGUCUAAACGGUUUCCCCAUGAGACUGCGGAGAAUAAGGUUAAGAAAGAUCCCAUGUAGGGGCAGAGUCUUUUAGGGUGGGUAAGUGUUUUCUAUGCCCUUUAGGAAGCAUUUAGUAGUUGGGUAGCAAAGACAAUGACUCCGUCCACCUUAUUGUGGAAUGAAGUGAUGGCGGCCAGGGGUACUCUGAAGGAGCUGUUAGAUAACCCCGAUUUCUUAAGGUCCUAUAUAUAGUCCAGUAUCCUGGGUAGUGGGGCCGACCAUGGGAGAAAUAUGGCUGUCCUGGCACCAAAUGCAGAAUCGGGUCCACUGCUAUAUGUAUAUUUUUCAUAUGGUUAGUCUUCAACUGUUCAGUAGGACAUCUUUCACUUCCUCAGAAUAGUCUUUGUAAAUCCCCGUUAGCCAUGGAGUAACCAGGCCUUGAGAUGGAGAAGGGGUAGGUUGGGGUGAUUGACGCAUCUUGAGUCCUAUGUCAGAAGGUGAGGUAUUCUUGGAAGGGUUUGAGGUGGCUUCACUGCCAUCUGUCCCAGGUAUGGGAACCUGGGUUGUCCGGGCCAUGUGGGUGCGAUGAGAUUAUCCUGGAUUUGUUCAGCUUGAUCUUGUGAAUGACCUGACUCAGGAGUGGGAUUGGAGGAAAUGCAUACAGUAGUGGUGUUUCACAAUUUAUUAGGAGAGCAUCGCCCAAGGAGUAGUGUCCCAGUCCAGCUCUGCGUUCUGAGUUGUGAAUGGGUCUAUAAUGCGGAACUCCCAGAGGUUGAAUAUGGCUGUGAGAGGUGCAUGAUCCAGCUCCCACUCAUGGGUUUGUGAAAAGUCUCUGCUCAGUUGGUCUGCUGUCAUGUUCUGACAUCCUGGCAGGUACGAUGCCUAAAUGUCUAUGUUGUUGGUGAUGCACCAGUUCCAGAGGCUAUUGCCUCAGUGUACAGUGGGUAUGAUUGUACUCCCCCUUGGAGGUUUAUAUAGAACAUGCAUGCGAUAUUGUCCGUAAGGAUCGUGACAGUCAUGGUUUGGAUCAAGAGAAGGAAGUGCUCGCAUACAUUUCUGACAGGCCUUAGUUCCAGUAUGUUUAUAUGUAGGUUGGAUUCUACUGUAGACCAGCGACCCUGGAUGGUGUUGUUGCAUAAAUAGUUCCCCAUCCCAUGAGGGACACGUCCAUAGUGAUCGUUUUAGUAGGAGCUUUCUGCUGGAAGGAGACACCUGAGCAGACGUUCUGUGCCUAUGUCUACCAUGUGAGCAAGUUCUUUACCCUGCGGGGCAUAGUGAGAUGUCUGUUAAGAGAAUGUUUUUGUGGUAUAUAGACGGUGCAAAACCAGGCCUAUAAGCAUCUCAUGUGUAGCCUUGAAGGCUUUACGAUAGUGUCGUUUCAGGCAUGUGCCCCAAAAGUUGUAAGCACGUUCUGGCCGACGUUUGUGGACUGUCCGUCAUCAUUGUAAUCAAACUGGUUAAGGUGAGGAAGCACUGUUGGGGGUAACCCCGUUGUUGUGGUGAGGAAAUCGAAGGAGGUUCCUAUAAAUCCCAGUUGUUAGGACAAGAACCAUGAUGGACUUCUGCACUUUUAUGUGUAGUCUGAGAUCUUUAAAAAGGAUUACCGUGGUUUGUGUGGCAUUUAGUGCUGCACAUUGUGUCAGUGCCCUUAAAAGACAGUCGUCUAGGUAUGGACAAAUCAUCAUCCCCCAGUUUUCUGAGGUGAGCUGCAAUGACCGUGAGGACCUUGGAAAAGACCCUUGGGGUGGCUGACAGGCCAAAGGGGAGCACUCUGUAUUGGAAAUGUUGGUGUCUCAGGGUGAAUCACAGGAAUCGUCUGUGCUCCGGGUGAAUGGUAACAUGAAAGUAAGCGUCAUGUAGGUCGAGGGCCGAGGGCCAGUCUCCCUUCUCUAAUGCCGGAAUUAUCAUGGAAAGAAUCACCAUUUUGAAAUGUUGCUUUCUCAAGAAUUUGUUGAGUUGUCCUAAAUCUAGGAUGGGUCUCCAUCCAUCGGUCUUUUUCUGAGUGAGAAAAUAAUGGGAAUAAAAUGCUCUCCCCCUGUAUUGAUGUAAUACUCCUUCUACGGUUCUGUAAAUUAUCCAGAAGGGUUACUCCAUCUCCUUCAUCUCUUUUCCACCUACACAACCCCCCUUACCUGUCCCUCUUCAGGGACCCCUCUCACAAGCCCCUGUUACAACAGGAAAUAAACCACUUCCUAGAAAUAAACCCAUCUGUCUGUAGUGACCGUGUUCCAGACUGGGUUGUAUGGUGACAGACGGUCUCCAAAAUGGGCUAGAGAUUGGGUUUAGUUCCAGGAUCAAAGAAUGUGGAGGUCUCAUGCCCUCUACCAAAUCUUCAAAAUGAUUGUCUGGAAGUAGAUGGUUGAGACAUGGAAGGCUGAUCUUGGUUCUGCCUGUAUCUCAUCUGUUUCUGUUUACAGCAUUGGUCAUACUGUCUUUGUGGCUGGAUGUAUGGGGCAGUUCGGAAUCACUGGCUGUAAAAUCUGCUGUUUCUUUUUGUUCACAGGUACAUAGAUACGCAGGGAUUUUAAGGUGGCCCUGGAGUCCUUUAGAGUAUGUAAAGACACAUCUGUGUUUUCUGCAAAGUUUCUGACCCUCAGAGCAUAAAUCCUCAACUGUGGCUGGACCUCCCUAGGGAACCUGGAAAGUUGAAGCCAGGAUGCCUGAUGCAUGACCGCAGAGAUAGUGAUGGAGCGUGCUGCCAUGUCUGUGUAGUCGAGAGAGAGGCCUGUAAGGCCAUUUUGGCAAUGAGACACCCUUCGGGGACAUUAGCCUUGUAUUGUUUUUUGUUGUUGUCAGGCAAAUGUUCUCUAAAAUGUCAACUUUUAUUGAACAGGUUGUGUAUGUAUUUAGCUAGAAACGCUGAAUAAUUAGCUAUGUGAAAUUAGAGUGUGACUGAGGAAUAGGCUUUCUACCUGAACAGGUCUAGCCCAGAGGUUCUCAAACUGGGGGUCGGGACCCCUCAGGGGGUCGUGAGGUUAUUACACGGGGGGUUGU